AUAUGCUCAUGCAUGUUGUGUUUAAAAGCUAGCUCGGCUAUAGGCGGAUGGUCGCGUGUUGUUGACGCUACACUUUUGACAUUGGCAUGAAGCGUGAAACACGGCAGUGAUAGCGGCAAUCAUGGCUCUCUCCCUGCUUCCACGAGCACUUACCGGGCUCCUCGUAGAGUCAUCGUCCAGUGUUCAUCAGAGGACUUUUAGUGUAUCUGCUGUUGCAGCAGCCAUUCAGAAGAUGACAAGAGUGCGUGUGGUGGACAACAGCACUCUCGGAACUGCACCAUAUCACCGUGCACCGAGAGUGAUCCAUGUCUACAACAAGAAUGGUAUAGGAAAAGUUGGUGACAAGGUGUUGCUUGCAAUUAAAGGACAAAAGAAGAAAGCACUAAUCGUUGGACACAAAAUGCCUGGGCAGCGUAUGAAUCCACGCUUUGAUUCGAACAAUGUUGUCCUGAUUGAAGAGAAUGGAAACCCUACAGGAACAAGAAUUAGGGUCCCUAUACCCACACAUUUACGUAAAGUGGAGGGAGAUUACUCUAAAGUCCUUGCAAUUGCUAGUUCAUUUGUGUAAUUGCAGCUUCAUUCAGCUAAUAUUUUUGAUAUUUGUGCCGUAUAUUUCACAUUGGCUGGGAGUAAAUGAACAUAUUGCUUGUGUGUGUUUUUGUUUUCUGUAAACUCUAAAGGAGCAUACACCAGUGCAGACCCAAUUCUGUAGUCUGUUAUGUAAUGUAUGUAAUAGACUCAAGUCUUUCUCUACAUGUUUGACAUUUUACUGAGGCCUUUCUGUGCUUACAAUAAACAUAACCUUUACCUUAAA